CUCUCUUCUGCUCUUCCACACAUUCAGCUAUGGCGGCGCCAGAGGUGGAUGAGGCGCUGGAGAUGCUCGCGAUGGUCCCGCUGAUGGAGGAUCCGCUCGAGGAGUUGCGCGCUUUGCGGCUGUCCUUGCUCGCCGUUCCUCUCAGCGCCCUGCGGGAGCGGCGGUCCGAGCUCCCCUUGGCGGGACUCUUCGCUCUCACGGCACGCGGGGGAAGUGAGCAGAUCUCUUUAUGUGUUUCCAUCCUGGAGCGGUUACUGCAGAUCAUGGAUCCCUUGUAUGUAAUCCAAAACUUUGGUGAAGAACUUCAGAAAGGGCUCUUCCAUCCAGAUAAUUCAGUCAAAAUUCUAACAAUAGCUCAGGUUGGAAAGAUAGUUGAAGAUUCCAGUGCUGCUAGAGAAAUCCUCAACACUCCUGAGUUGCUGAGGCAGGUCAUUUAUUGCAUUGCUGAUGAGAAACUAGCAGUGGCAAAAGAGGCCAUUAUGUCACUGACAAAGGUAGCGCAAACUGCAGAGAGCUUGGAGGCACUGCUUGCGGGCAACUUGCUAGUUGACUUGAAAAAUGUUAUGACCAGGAGUGACAUUGUUCGCUGUCGUGUGUAUGAGUUGGUUAUCAAUAUCUCCUUGGUGUCGGCAGAUUCAUUGAAUUACUGUGUGAACAGUGGAUUAAUAUCAGAGCUGAUUGGGGAGCUGACGGGGAAUGAUGUGCUUCUAAGAGCUACGUGUAUAGAGAUGGUGACCUCUCUCGCCCAUAUUUACCAUGGACGCCAAUAUCUUGCCCAACAAGGAAUCAUUGAUAAGAUUUCCAACAUAAUCAUCGGGGCUGAUUCUGAUCCCUUCUCGAGCUUCUACUUGCCAGGCUUUGUGAAAUUUUUUGGCAACUUGGCUAUUGUUGACAGUCCUCAGCAGAUAUGUGAGCGAUACCCCGCAUUUGUGGAGAAAGUAUUCAGCAUGGCAGAAAGCCAAGACCCAACCAUGUUUGGCGUGGCAGUGGACACACUUGGGAUCUUGGGGUCAAAUGUGGAAGGGAAGCUAGUGUUACAGAAGAAGGGGAGUAGAUUUCAUCAUGUGCUAAACAGAAUAGGACAUCAAGCAAAAAAUGCCCCGACAGAGCUGAGAGUCCGGUGUCUUGAGGCAAUUUCAUCUCUCUUGUAUCUGCAGCCAGACCAGCAGACAGAAGACCUUCUGGGCAUGACAGAAUCGUGGUUCUCCUCUCUGUCCAGCCAGCCCUUGGAACUCUUCAGGAGCAUCAGUACCCAGCCCUUCCCUGAUCUCCACUGUGGUGCCUUAAAGGUCUUCACUGCCAUUGCUAGUCAACCUUGGGCGCAGAGGAUGAUGCUCAGCAGUCCAGGCUUUGUGGAAUACAUCGUAGACAGAUCGGUGGAACCAGACAAAUCUUCAAAGGAGGCCAAAUAUGAACUUGUGAAGGCUCUGGCCAAUUCAAAGACCAUUGCUGAAAUCUUUGGAAACCAGCAUUACAUGAGGCUCAGGGCAUACCUGCGCGAAGGGCCUUAUUAUGUCAAGGCUGUUUCGACCACAGCUGUAGAAGGAGCUGAAUAACAUUGGAACAGCUGCUCUCUGGUGAUAAUGGACUUCUGGAUAGGAUUUUGCUUUGGAUGUGGAGGGGGGAAAAUAUCUGAGGAAGGAAUUGGUUUGGUCAUUUUUUCCCCCUGCAUUUCUAAUUCAGAAAUUUCACAUAGCUGGGAAAUAAUGUUGAGGACCAUGUUAAGGACUAUGCCAGUCAAGUUUAUCCUUAUUUAAGAGUUCGGAUGCUUAGUCAGCAGCUGGCAUGGGGCCUACAAAUCAUGGGAUCCUUUACAAACAGUGGUUUUUCUGCCUUCUGUUAAUUCCUCAGUGAGAGAUGAAUUGUUAACAUAGUUGAACACUAUAAGGUAGCCAGACUCCUAAAAGUGGUGAAAGCAGUGUAGAGGUGUGUGUGUUUUGAGUCUUUUGGCCCUGAUCUUAAAUGCUUUGCCUGUACUUCAUUGAUGCUUCCUCCAGCAUAUAAACUGCCCCAAUUGUUGUUUACAGGAAAGGUGAGCAAACCCUUUAACAUAUUGGAUCUGUGAAGGGCAGAGGGAGAGAUCUGGCUGCUACAGGUGUCAAAUGGGAAGGUUGCUGGGUUGUUCCAAUUCAGAUUGUAGUGAGGAAUGCUCCCUGACAUAAAAUAAAGGUUGAAUUUUGAGAAGGCUAA